CUUGUUCUUUAAUAAUGAUAAAAAAAAGGUUACAGAGAAAUUUUUUUGUAAUUGAACUACUACUUAUAAGAGCGAGCAAAGUUAUGUCCAUAGGAGAGCGUAGAACUAAAAGACCCAUGGCUGCUCCCAUUUUUAUUGUUCUUAUGUUCGCUACUAUCUGCCUCUUUUCCAGUGUUCUGGCAAAAUCCAACACUUAUAUAAUUCAUAUGGACUCCUCUGCCAUGCCCAAACCAUUCUCUGAUCACCAUAAUUGGUAUCUUGCCACUAUUGAUUCUAUAUCUGAAACUUCCAAACCCACCUCUAAGCAUGUGUACACUUACACAAGCUCCGUUCAUGGAUUCAGUGCUACUCUUACUGAUUCUGAACUUGAAGCCAUCAAGAAAAACCCUGGCUAUAUUUCCUCUUCCCGAGAUCGUCCUGUCAAAAUUCACACAACCCGCACUUCUCACUUUCUUGGCCUAAGUACUGAUUCUGGUGCUUGGCCAGCUACAAAUUAUGGUGAAGAUGUAAUUAUUGGUGUGAUUGACACUGGAAUUUGGCCAGAGAGCGAGAGCUUCAGCGAUGAAGGAAUGAGUCCAGUUCCUUCUAGAUGGAAAGGUACAUGCGAGUCAAGUAGUCAAUUCAAUUCUUCUUUGUGCAACAAGAAGCUCAUUGGAGCUUACUUUUUCAACAGGGGUUUAUUUGCAAACAAUCCAGAAGUAGCCAACAUUACAAUAAACUCAACCAGAGAUACAGACGGACAUGGAACGCACACUUCUUCAACAGCUGCUGGCAAUUUUGUGAAAGGAGCAUCUUAUUUCGGUUAUGCCUCUGGAACUUCUAGAGGUAUGGCCCCGCGAGCAAGAAUAGCCACGUAUAAAGCUAUUUGGAGAUCUGGAGUUUUUGAAUCAGAUGUUCUUGCUGCUGUAGACCAAGCAAUUCAUGAUGGUGUUGAUAUAUUGUCCUUAUCGUUAACUUUAGCCGAUGAUGAUAUGUUUUUGGAAGAUGAUUCAAUUGCAAUAGCCAGUUUUUCAGCCAUUGAAAAGGGAAUAUUUGUAGCAGCGGCAGCUGGUAAUGAUGGCCCUAGUUUUUAUACAUUGGUUAAUGGAGCUCCAUGGCUACUGACAGUUGGUGCUGGUACUGUAGACCGCGAACUUCAUGGAAUUUUAACUUUGGGCGAUAAAACCCAAUUCAGCUUCCCUACGUUAUAUCCAGGAAACUUUUCUUUAAGCCAGAGAACUCUCGUUUUCUUGGAUGGGUGUGAAAGUGUGCAAGAAAUGAAAAAAUAUAAACACGACAUUAUUGUGUGCAAGGACAAUCUGAGUUUCAGUAGUCAAUAUGAAAAUGCGGAGUCAGCAAAUGUUGCAGCGGCUGUUUUCAUUACAGAUAUAACCAGAUUGAAUUACUACACUCCAAGUCCAUUUCCAGCUGCAUUUAUCGGUGUACAAGACGGCCAGAAGGUAAUAAACUAUAUGACAAGCAGCAAUGAUCCAAAAGCAAGUCUGCAAUUUCAAAAGACUAUCGUUGGCACAAAACCAGCACCAAAGGUAGCAAGUUAUAGUGCUAGAGGUCCAUUUACAAAAUGCAAGUAUGUUCUAAAACCAGAUAUUAUAGCUCCUGGCUCAUCAAUUCUAGCUUCAUGGUCUCCAGUCAGUUCAGUUACGAAAGUUCGAAAACACGACUUGUUUAGCAAAUUCAAUCUUGAUUCAGGAACUUCAAUGGCAACCCCUCAUGUAGCUGGCGUCGCCGCCCUUGUAAAGAAGAUGCAUCCAGAUUGGAGCCCUGCAGCCAUUAGAUCUGCCCUUAUGACAUCUGCAAAUCCAUUAGAUAACACUAACAGCCCCAUUAAAGAUGAAGCAGAUGAUAAAAUACCUGCAGCCACACCUCUAGAUAUUGGAGCUGGACAUAUAGAUCCUAACAAGGCACUUGAACCAGGGCUUAUUUAUGAUGCCAAAACAGAAGAUUACAUAAAGUUUCUCUGUGCGAUGAACUUGACAAAGAAACAGAUACAAUUCAUAACAAGAUCUAGCCAUCACAAUUGUUUAAACAAGUCUUUAGAUCUUAAUUACCCAUCUUUCAUAGCUUAUUUUACUGGGGAUGAGUCAAAAUCAAAUGGGAAAAUGGUGGUGCAGGAAUUUCCAAGAACUGUGACCAAUGUUGGAGAAGGAAUUUCGAAUUAUACUGCAAAGUUGACAAAGAUGAAUGGAAUAAAGGUUAGUGUGGAGCCACAGAAAUUGGCAUUCAAGAAAAAGAAUGAGAAGCUGAGGUAUAAACUAAUUAUAGAGGGUCCAAAAUUAUUGGAAGAGGAUGUGGUGUAUGGAUCAUUGAGCUGGGUUCAUGACGGUGGUAAAUAUGUUGUUAGGAGUCCUAUAGUAGCUACAAACCUGGUCCCGUAAUAAAAAUAAUAUAUAAUAAUAUCUUUCAAGGGCAUAUAUACGUGUAUUAAUAAUUGUCAUUUAUAUUAGUAAAAAUUAAAGUGACAUUGAAUAAUUCGUCUUCCUUUCA